AUGUCAGCACCUAGAUUGAUUAACCGCGCCUUGCGGCCCAUGACCGCGUCUUGCAAACCCGCAAUCAACCGCUCAUUCGGCGCGACUGCUCUACGCUUCAACGAUGCCAAAAACCGCGCCCAUCCCAAUGUCCAGGAGCACCGUGACAACCAGGCCAACAAGUCGCCGAACCAAUUCGUGCCGAACACCACCUCUACCAUGACUAAGGACUUCCCCAAUGUCGGAAAGAAGCCUGCGCCGCCCGAUAUGCUAAACUCUGUCAACCCAAACUACCGCCCCAACGACCCGUACCCAGGAAGAAUCGAGCAUUUCACCGGCGGUCGUCAAGAGAGUGGUGCGCAGAAGCCCGAGCUUGGAGUUGGUGAGAUGGAAGGUAUUACCUUCAAGGUUGAGCCUUUGAAGCGGGCUGGAGAAGAUACCAUGACCAUGCGAGCUCGGUUAUUAUAUCAAAGCCGCAAGCGUGGUAUCCUUGAGUCCGACCUCCUCCUCUCCACUUUCGCCGACGUCUACCUCCGCGAAAUGACUGCGGAGCAGCUCCGGGAAUAUGACAGCUUCCUCGAUGAGAACGAUUGGGAUAUCUACUACUGGGCUACCCAGGACCCGCCCGAGGUCACCGGCGAGAACCCUCCUGCCGAGGACGAGCUGACGGAGACCUGGAAGGAGGGUGCUUCCAAGAGCGGCGAGUGGGCGCAGACCAUUGGUGCAUUCAGGGCUGCGUACCGGCCUGUUCCGAAGCGGUGGGAUGGAUCUGCCGUGUUGGAGCUGUUGAGACAGCACGUGAAGGAUAAGAGCGCCCUUGGAUUCGAGGCCGCAAAGAAUAAGAAGACUGGUGGUGGUCGUGGGUUGGGACGGAUGCCGGAUGUGCAGGUUUUCGACUCCUAA